CGUUUUCAAUUUUGUCCCCUAGGGGAAACUAACACAUGCACAUAGCUGGCUCAGUUUCGUUGUUACUAGCUGCCUCUGUUCCGCGGUCGUCAUGAUUCGAGAGUCGAUCGCGAGAUAUCGCUUCUACGGCCAACGUUGAAGCGGUUCUUCUGCCGAUGUGUGUCUGUCUGGCGGUUUUCGAUUCGAAGUAGAGACGGGGAUAAUUCCAGCGUUCGCUUCGAAACCGGAAGAUUCGCGUUUUUUGUCUGGCACGCUCGCUCUGUGACGCGUUCUCGCUGUGAUUGUUCGCGGCAUCGUCGUCGUCGUCGUCGUCGUCGUACGUUCGUGCGAUGUUAGUUGGCACUCUGUUCCACGAGGCGUUGCGUUAUUUUUUUAGUGGCUGCCACUUCGAUGUUGUGAUCGCACUCGCCUUUGAUUAAUUGCAAUUUGCGGAGCGAGGCGAGACGCGCGAACGCAAUCAUGUUCUGGGCCAAUAAUUACAUGUCGUCUCCCAACAUCGAGGCGCUCCUCAACAAAGAGAACGUGACGUUGCACGAGCUGAUGGACGAGGAGGAUAUUUUGCAAGAGUGCAAGGGCCAGAAUAAGAAAUUAAUCGAGUAUCUUGCGAGGUCCGACGUCUUGGAGGAACUCAUAUCGCUCACCACCAGAGAACCGUCAACAGACAUAGAGGAACGUUGGCGUUAUAGAUAUCCGAACAUAGCUUGCGAGUUGUUGACUUGCGACGUCCCGAUUUUGAACGAGAAGUUGGCAGGCAACGAGACGCUUUUGGCCAAACUCUAUUCUUUCAUCGAUACGGACCAGCCGUUGAACCCCCUUUUGGCGUCGUUCUUUAGUAAGACUAUCGGGGUACUCAUCGGUCACAAGACUGUUCAGAACUGGUAUUCGUAUCAGUUCACUUGUUUGCAGCUUUUAGCCUUCUUGAAGAGCCGUCAGACCUGCGUCGAUUUGCUUCUGCGACAUUUGGAGACGUCCGCGAUCAUGGAUCUCGUGCUGAAGCUUGUCAGUCAAGUCGAGGGAAAUAUGCGACAACAUAUACUGAACUGGUUGGACGGCCAACGGCUGGUGCAGAGACUCGUCAAGUUGAUGUCCCCCGAUUCCGAAGCCAGCAGACACGCGAACGCCUCGCAGUUGCUCUGUGACAUGGUGACCGCCGCGAGGGAGAAUCGACGUACGUCCACGUCGCGCACCGGUCCGGAUCCUAUUUUGAAUACUCUCGAAUCUCCGGAUACGGUCGGCCUGAUAUUGGAAACUGUUCUCACCGGUGACAGGAAAGUGGAGAGUAGUAUUAUCGGUGGGAUUCAGGUACUUCUUACCCUUUUCCCGAAAACCAACGACGAAAGCGGAAUGAACGAGGGCAAUUCGGUUCAGAACGGCAUGGAGGACGAGGGAACCAUGGACAGCACGGAGGACCGUGUCAAGAUGUCGUAUGCGACUUUGCCUUACUUCGAGCAGCUGCACAGACUUCUCACGGAUCCACCUUAUAAGCCUCCUGUCAAGACGACUCUCGGUGUCUUGGAAUGUCCGGUGGGUAUUACGCGUUUACACGUCGCGAAGCUGUUCGUCACGCUCAUGGCAACGGACAAUGAGAAGAUUUACGAGACCCUGGUGGAAUUAGGAACGUUCCAAACCUUAUUGGAUUUAUUUUUUAGAUACGUGUGGAACAACUUUCUACAUACUCAAGUACAAUGUUGCCUGGCUUUGGCUGUCAAUUGUGAUUUCAAAGAAACGAAUGACGUUAUUUAUGAUAAUGUAUUUAACAGAUGCAGAUUGAUAGAAAGAAUUCUGGAAGCAUGCGAUAAGAGUGACGCUGCGACGACGGAAAAUGAAAAGAACGAGAACCAGCGGCAGGGAUACAUGGGCCAUUUGAUAAACAUUGCGAAUAAUAUUGUUAAUCGACGUGAGAGCAGUGAACGUUUAGAUAAAUUUUUUAAGGACAAUUUGUCACCCGAGUGUCUUAGCAAAUGGGAUAAUUUUGUGGAUACAGAAUUGGCAAAGAUCAACAAGAUUCAUCGGAUUCUCCUGGGUGGAAAGGCUGAAAUUAUGACGGGCUCCAGUGACAAUCCGGACGAAUAUAGUUCUUAUCCCCCAGAAGAUUUUCUUCGGAUACAACGAGUCGAACAAUUUUACUCCAAAUACGUGAGCCAACACAUGACGCCGCAGUUCACGCAGAACUUUGGAUUUCACGAUGAAGAAUUCAACGACGGUGACGACGUUCUUCCUACCUCGGUUGACCAAUUAACAACGUUGGCCUUUACUCUCAGUGAGGAAGAUCUCGACAAGAGCGAAGACAUGUUCACUAAGAUAUGUCAGCAAAAGCAGAAGGCGGAUUUGGAGGAUGGAAACGCGGGAGCGGAAUGGGGAGCGGACGAAGGCGAACUUACUUUCCAAACAGUGGUGGACAAACGCGACUGGCCGUCGAAACAGCAGCAGCACCAGCAGCGGCAGCUGCGACAGCAGCAGCAGCAACAGCAGAACGAUUCGAAUUCGUCCGACGACGAAGAAGACGACGAGACGCUGAUGGACGUUCAGUCUUUUCCGAAGCUUUCUGCCGAGAGAUCCUACUUGUUUUCCGGUCUUGCGUCCAUCGAGACCGUCGCCGACACCGCCACCGCCACCACCACCAGACAUUGGGACGUCGAUCCGUGGGACGUUGUGCCGUCCGCGGAAUCAGUUGAAUCCACCGGUUGGGCUAAUUUUGAUAAUUUCGAAAAUACUCUGAACAUGGAGAAUACUGUGAUAAUAGAUAAUAAUAAAAUAUGCGAUGAAAGUAAGAAGGAACGAGAGUCGUAUACGGAAAGCGUGGUGGACAACGAGACGACGACCACGACGACGGCGACGGUGACCACGACGUCGACCACGACCGAUACUGCCGCGUUGGAGAGCGUAAAGAUAGCCGCGGUGGAAACCAUUGGCGCGGCGGGUGAUACGAAGAUCGAGGAUUCAUCGAUUGAUCGGAGUAACGCUUCGCCGCCGCAUGUAGAAACGAAUGUGAAUCGUUCGACUGAGAUCGCCGCCGACGCCGCCGCCGCCGCCACCACCGACGGGAGCAGCUUGUACGGGAGUUAUAUCGCGGACAAGAAUGCGAACCCGAAUGAAAUUAUUGUGGAUCACAGCAGGGAAAUCAAGUGCGAAGGGAACAACGUGGAGAAGGUGAUGGUGGAAUCCACGGAGACUACGGUACAAAGUGAAAUUCGGUCGUCGAGCGAAUGUGAGAAUUCGUUUAGCGGAAAGAGAAACGAGAUACCGGAAGCUGCUGCUGCCGCCGCCGCCGCCGCUGAGUUACCGUCGACGUAUGCCAAGUGAGGAAUUGGUCUGUUUCUGCGUACGGCAUUGCAAUAGAACGAAAAAUGAAAAAAAAAAUCAUAUCAAAUAUAAAUUUGUACGACGAACUGGAUCGGAAUAUAUAUUACGUCCCUAUAUUUUCGUUAGAUCGCAUUAAUUGUGCAUCGUCGCGUUGGCGCCUGGACACGAACGAGUAACGACUCGCAGCAGGGUAUAAAUACGGAAUGAAAAGUAAAAGACUAAACCGACGCUCAACUACGAUUAGUAUAUAUAUAUUACUUGUUGAUGUAUAUGUACAUGUUUUCGGAUCGCCAAAGUUUCGAUUAUAGUCACGUACGUCGUACAUGAGAUCCAAACGCGCGCGCGCGCGCGCGCGUGUGUGUGUGUGUGUGUGUGUGGGUGUGUGUGGGUGGACGUUGUUACGAAAGACGACAACGGGUCUCUUCGAAUUGUUAUCGUUCGUAUGAAAUCGAUUGGACAUUGUGCGAAUCACAUCCUUUGCGUCGCGUAGGAGAUGGGUCGCGCGCCCUUUAUAACGAAAUCGACGACCACCAGUUUCGUACGACGUCGCUCGUCUCCUUGUCUCGCAGCAGCUCGCCAUGGCUGUGCAUCCGCGCUUUACGUGUACGUCGUACGUUUGAAUGAUACGCGAGGUUCCUCGAGACAUCGCCGCUGUUGCUACCGCCGCCGCCGCCGAUGAUAAACGUACUUCGUAAAGAAAACUGGUGCUUUUGCUUCUUCGUUCGAUAAGGCAAAGGUACUUAUGUGCAGCAGUGCCUAUUGUUUCAUUGAGCGAUUGCUCGUGCAACGAUGCGAUAUAACCGCGCGUGAUCGAGCCGAAAGAAGAAAAUUAUGUAUUUUUAUUACGUUGAUGAUAUGAUUCGAUUCAUCCGAUGUAUACACGAUGUAAUUGUACUCACCGAACUGUCUCAAUAAUGAAUUUUAUUUGAUUUGCAUUCCAAAACAAAGAGCUGUGUGAAACGAUCCGUUCUCUGUAAUCAUUUUUUAGACAGAUCAUCUUCCAAGGAAAAGAGUAGCGUUCGAUUGAAGAGGUAGCCGAUUCGAGCUGGUGUACACUUUGAUCGAUGUGUACAUAACUUCUUUUUUCGUAAUGAAUACGCUGUGACUCGUUAGUUAUUUGAUUCGAUCAACGAUUUUGGUACAAUGAUAUGUUUAUAGUAUCGUACAUGAAACAUUGUACGCAUGAGUAAUAAAUAUAAGCAGUGUUCACGAUCAAAAACCAA